CCCUCUAAUUCUCUCCUAUUUGUUUUAUAAACAUGUUAGGCCUAGCUCCUGAUGGGCUUGUUAAACAUAAUUAUACUGGGCCAAAUUUACUCUCUAAUUCUCUUAAUUUAUUUAUAAACAUGUAAAUGAUUGGGCCUAGAUACUACUGGGCUUAUUAUCCAAUUAUGGCCCAACCUAAAUGACUAUCGAACCCUAUACUAUCACAAACCGUGAAGGUCGGAUCUCUUUCUUGAUUUGGCCGACACAUCUGAUCUAACAAUGGCGACGAACAACAUCGUACGUUUGAUCGCUCCAAGCCGAUCCGUCUCCUCUAGAUUCCUCGAGCCAGUGUCACGGUUUCUAAGCUCCGGUACACCUCCUCCGCCGCAAGCUCCAUCUCCGAAUCAGGAUCUGAACCGGGACGUGAAGCCAGAUCAGAAUCUUCAACAGAAUCUGCAGAUGCAGAAGGAAGAAGAAGAGGAAGGAGAAGGUGGUGGAGGUGGAGAGUUUGUGAACGAAGAUACUGGUGAGAUUGGAGGGCCUAGAGGUCCUGAACCGACUCGGUACGGCGAUUGGGAACAACGUGGUCGAUGCUCUGAUUUCUGAGAGGAUUCAUGUAUCCCUGUGUUUUAGCUUGUUCUUAUAUAUUUCUGGGAAAAAUGGAAAUAAAUUCGUUUUAUGUGUUUAUGUAUUUGCAAAAUAAUGGAGAAAAUGGAAGAAAAUGUAGUAGAACUUCAAAUUCGUUGCCUUUAUUUGGAUCAUCAUUCUCUGGUGAUCUUGUUAUUCCAGUAAUAGUUAAUAAGUUCUUCCUCAGGUGGGUU